GUUACCGGGUGGGUAGCGGGGAAUGUUGACGGUGUAACACCAAAGUCGGGCACAACCAGCGGCCGCUGUCUGUCUGUGUUGUGAAUUUGUUUUAUUCACCAGCUCCAUUGAAACAUUUGGAUUUCAUCCGACGUAAAUGAGUUGCAGAGGUGACAGCGAUGAUGAGGACAGCUGCAGUAAACGGAGAGUCGCGUACGUCUACAGCCCGGAGUACAUCCAGACCUGCGACACUUUAUCCAAAGUGCCAAAUCGGGCGAGUAUGGUCCACUCACUGAUAGAAGCCUAUGGACUGCUUGAACACAUGAGCAUUGUCAAACCUCACGUGGCCACCAUAGAGGAAAUGGCCAAAUUCCACACAGAUUCCUACCUGGAGCAUCUUCACAAGAUCAGCCAGGACGGAGACAACGACGACCCGCAGUCGGCCGACUACGGCCUGGGUUAUGACUGUCCAGUGGUGGAGGGCAUAUUUGAUUAUGCAGCAGCAGUAGGGGGCGCUACGCUGACAGCAGCUCAGACCCUGUUGGACCAAAAGUGUGAUGUGGCCAUCAACUGGGCAGGAGGGUGGCACCAUGCUAAGAAGGACGAGGCUUCAGGUUUCUGUUACGUGAACGAUGCCGUGCUGGGAAUCCUCAGACUGAGAGAGAAAAAUGAACGAGUCCUCUAUGUGGACGUUGACCUGCAUCAUGGAGACGGUGUGGAAGACGCCUUCAGCUUCACAUCCAAAGUCAUGACCGUCUCUGUGCACAAGUUCUCUCCCGGGUUCUUCCCAGGCACGGGCGACCUGUGUGACACAGGGCUGGGUAAAGGCCGGUGGUACGCUGUGAACGUUCCACUGGAGGACGGCAUCAAGGAUGACAGAUACUACCAGAUUUUUACCAGUGUCAUGCAGGAGGUGCGGGCACAGUUCAACCCAGAGGCAAUAGUGAUGCAGCUGGGUGCUGACACCAUGGCGGGCGACCCCAUGUGCUCCUUCAACAUGACCCCUGUUGGGGUUGGCAAGUGUCUGCAGUAUGUCCUGCAGUGGCAGCUACCUACACUCCUGCUGGGCGGAGGAGGUUAUAAUCUGGCUAACACGGCUCGCUGUUGGACCUACCUGACGGCAGAAGUGCUGGGAAAGACUCUGUCCUCCGAAAUACCUGAUCAUGAGUUUUUUACAGAAUACGGACCAGACUACUCCCUGGAGAUCAGUCCGAGCUGUAGACCAGACCGCAACGACACCAAACACCUGGACCAGGUCAUCAGCACCAUCAAAGGGAAUUUAAAGAAUGUGGUUUAGGACUCAGGAGCCUCAGCCUCCAUCUCCACACAUACAUACACACACACCAUGUUUCCAAACCAGGUCGACACUCUGCGGCUUUAAUGAAGACAAUAUGGAGCGGACCCCUUCGGCCCCGAGGCACGGAGCGAACAAGGGAAGGGAAAAGAGGAGCAGAGAGAGUUUUGGAAAACAUUAGCUGAGUGUUUCCAGGGGAAAACAGUUUAAUAAGGGUUGGGGAAGGGGAUUUGGGAGGCGGGGAGGGGGAUGUGGUUGGUGUACCAGUGUUCACUGUUUUUAAUUCUUUGUUUUUUGGAAACGGUUCAUGUGCGUUUGUGUGAAUGAGAGAGUUUAUUGCAUGUUCAGCACAGUUAUGUAAAGCUGGGUUACAGCUGAGCGUUUGGUAUCCGGGGGGGGAUCAUUGGUCAGAUGUAUUACACCAAAUGGAAAAAGCAGAUUUUUUCAGGAGUCCGGUUUCACGGUCACCCCGCUCCUGCUGUGAUUUCAGCCACUCGACGACCGAUAAGCACCAAAGCAGACAAGCGGCGAUGAUUCCCAAACGCACCGUUAAACCUCGUUCUCAUUCUGAGAGGCCUGAAAAGUAUUUGAGAUGUCUGAAGAAAAAAAAAAAUUGGAAAAUAGCCGGUUGCACAUUGUAGCCACAUUGUUUCGAGCCCUGGGCAAAGUCAGACAUCUGGACGACGUUUGGAAUUUUACAUGGAAAAUAUGCGGGGAAAGUUAAAAAGGGGUUUGUCUUUGGACAGGCAACAACAAAGAUUACAUGACCCUUAAGGGGAAUUUGGAUAGACACAGCAACACUAAACUGGUUUGGUCUGCUCAGAAAUUGACUUCCACAGUAGGAUUGAAGAGGAAACAAUAUCAAAGGAACAUUUGUAGAUCUGCUGGUAGCAACCUGACAUGUGCACCAACGUUGCAAAGGUUUGGAGUGAAUGUCUGGUCACAUCUGUGGUUGUCUUUGCUUUGAUCAAAUGUUCAUUUAAAUUCAAGCGUCACCUGUUUUAAACUGUUUUUAUUUUUGCUGUCUUUUUCAUAUUAAACGUUUGAAAGAA